AUGCGCACGCAGACUCCUCCCGAGAUCCAGGUGGACCUGGUGGGUUCCCGGACGCCCAGUCCGGAAGAGGUGGUGACGUACGUGGCGCCCGAACGGUCGCUGAAGAAGAAAGUGGUGGUUCUCCACGAGGAGCCGUCCGAGAGCGAGGAGGACACGAGCGGCGAAGCCAGUCCGGACAGUUCUCCGCGCGCCAAGCUCAUCUCGGGACCACAUUCGCAGCAGCAGGACUGUCAGGACAUUGCCAACCUCAAGAACGAUCCCGAGCUCCGGGAGUUUGCCGUCGCCUACAUCAAGGGAAUCUUGGAGCAAGCUCAAGUUCUUGCCCAAGAGAGAGCGCCGGAAAAGGCUGAGGAGCUUGUGACAGAGAACACGGCGCUGAAGAAGGCCGCCGGGCCCUGGUACUCCCGCAUCCGGGCCGCCGUGACCCGCUGCCUUCGCACCGGAUGUCUGUGCGUCGUCAGGAGGCAGGCGCCGCCUUGAAGCCGCCGACAGGGUUGCCGGCCGGAUGGCCAUCGUGGCCGCCGGCUGAUUCACUGUGCCGUCAUCAACUGUGCCGGUCCGCUCUG